UAACCUCUAUCCCGCCGCGCGCUUCUCUUAAACCUGGACCGGCACCCCGCUCCCCGGCCUCUGGGACCCCCUUGUGGCGCGUGGAGAGACCCUUAGGCUCCUGCGCCCACGGCACACACCCCCCACUUCCACACAACCGGGCUGACCAGUACGACCUCAGCUGGGACCAGCAGCUCAACCUGGCCUACGUGGGCGCCGUCCCCCAUGGUGGCAUCGAGCAGGUCCGGACCCACUGGCUGCUGGAGCUCAUCACGGCCAGGUGGGUGACAGCGGCGGAGGCCGUCUGGGCGCGGCUGGGCAGAGCCCACUGUGUCCGAGGCUGUGUCCACCACGGGGGACAGUGGGGUGCAAGCUGGGCGAGAGCUCUGAGGAGCCGUACACUUCCCAGCAAAGUGUCCUCUGGGGAGUAGAUGUCACCUCCCCGCCGCGGGCUCCCAGGGGCCACGGGUGCUGGGGCAACCCCAGGAUCUGACACCGCUGGCUUCCUGCCAGAGGCCACUGUGGAGGCUCCGGGUGGGGCUGGGCUCCGGCCCUGGCUCUGUGGCAGGACCCAGCUCCGCAGGUGCGCAGGUGCCCUGUGCUGGGUGUGGGUCAGGCUGUGCAGGGAGGCCGCCCCAGGGCCGGGGGAGGCCGCGCUGGUCUCGCCGCCGUGGGCCCUGCUGGGCCUGGCCAAGCCCAGGCACGAGGUGUAAGGGACACUUGGGUGUGUGUUGGGGGCCCGGAGAGACACGGAGACCCUUACACCCCGGCCAGAGCCGCCAGCUCCCACCUGGUGGUGUGCGGGCCGCAGGCGUUGAGGGACCAGGGUCCUUUCGGCACCACGGGGGCCCGUGGCUAUCUCGGGGCCCCCGUUCAAAUGCGAUGGUGACGCUGAGUGUCGACCCGGCCCCCGCGGCCCCACAGACUCGCAGCACUGGCGUCCAGGUCCGCACCCCGGGGGCGUUUGUGUCGAAGGCUCCCUUGUCCCCCCAGGGAGGAGGUGGGACCUACGGCCUCGGGAGAAUCUGCCUGGGCGACGGGCGGUGUGAGGACUCGGAGGGAGUGGGGUCUGGGCCGGGGCCGCCCCCACUAGAGCGAGGAGGUGGAGGCCGACGGCCCCCGGGGCCAGGCCCGGGCCGCCUGCACGGCACUGUGCACGGAGUGGAACAGCUGCCCCUCCUCGUCCGCCUCCCCCCGGUCCUCCCCGAGGAAGCCCCCUCUCCUCAGGGCGUCCCUCACGGAGGGGCUGCAGCAGGCCAGGAGCAGGGCGAUGCCCAGGGCCCUGUAGUCUCUCCGCAGCUCCCGCAGGGUGGCCAGGCCGGCCGCGUCCAGGAACAGCAGCGGGGCACAGUCGAUGACCACGGCGUGGAGGCCGGUGGCCUCGGGCACCAGAGCAGCCGCGUUGCUCACUGGGCCCCGGCCUGUGUCCUCGAGGGGCUCUCCCUCGACGACCCCCGCCUCAGGGCCCUGCUCCUUCCUCCUGGCAGCUGCACGCCCCGCGUCCAGCCCCGUGAGGCUGUAGAGGGACCGCAGGAAGAAGUCCUUGUUGGCGUAGUGCAGCGGCCCUGCAAAGCGGAAGACCUGCACCCCGGGCUCGGGGACCAGGCCCUCGAACUCCGCGGCGUCCUCAUAGAAGCCGGAGCCGGCGAUGCGGGCGAGCAGGGCGGCGUGUGGGCGCUGCGUGCGGCCGAUCAGGCUGAGCAGCGAGAGGAGCAGACCGGCCAGCAGCCCGGCCUCCACGCUGACCAGCACGCAGGUGGUCGCCGUGGCCACCCAGACCAGUGCGUCCGCCCGGCUGAGCCGCCACAGCUGCGGGAGGUCUCUAACCUUGCGCAGGGCGCCCCGCAGGCUGACCACGAUGACGCAGCCCAGCACGCUCCGCUGCAGGUCCCGGAACAGGGGUGCCAGCACCAGCAGCACCAGCAGCACCACCGCGGCACUGACCACGCUGGACAGCUGCGUGCGGCAGCCGGUGGCCGUCUUCACCAGGCUCUUGGCCAGGGCGGCGCUGGUGGCAAAGCAGUGGAAGAAAGCGGGCAGCACGUUGCAGCAGCCCACGGCCAGCAGCUCCUGGUCGGCUCGCACAGAGUAGCCGUGGCUGCGGGCGAACAUCUCCGCCAGCGAGAUGGAGAAGGUGGAGCUCACGAGCGCCAGGGGCACGGCGUCCAGCGCCAUGCGCCACAUCAGCCCCGGGUCCGGCACCCGCGGGGCCAUGAAGCCAGUGGGGAUGUCGCCGGCCACACUGGAACCGAAGCGAGCGUGGAACUGCCCGAGGUGGGACACGAGCGUGGCCCCCACGAUGACCAGCAGUUCCGUGGGCAGCGGCACCUUCAGGCGGUGCCUGCAGCGGUCCGAGAGCUCCUUGGCGGCCAGCAGCACGACCAGGCACACGGCACUGGUGAGCACGUCGCACAGGUUGGCCUGCCCGGCGCUGCGCAGCAGGCUCAGCCAGGUGAGGACCACCGUGCCUGGCCCCUGGUGCCGGGGGAUCCGCACGCCCAGCAGGUGCUUCAGCUGGGAGGUCAGGAUGGUCAGCGAGGCCCCCAUGGCGAAGCCGUCGAGCAGCGGCUGCGAGAGGAGGUCGGCAGGGCAGGGCCUGAGCUACAACUUCACUCACCUGGAUGGCUACCUGGACCUUCUCAGGGAGAACCAGCUCCUCCCCGGCUUUGAGCUGAUGGGCAGCCCCUCUGGACACUUCUCAGACUUUGAAGACAAGCAGCAGGUGUUUGAGUGGAGAGAGCUGGUCUCCCUCCUGGCCAGGAGAUACAUAGGUGGGCGAGGCUGGGGGUGAGGGGCGGCGGUGGGCUUGCCCGGGCUGCCCGCCCGCCCUCCUGCAGCAGCCCAGCCGCCUCACCCAUCAUGGGGGCGGAGUGCAGACUCACGGAGUCAGCCCAACACCCUGACCGCCACCCGCGGGCGCCCCUGCCUGGGGGCUGGCACGGGCAUUCCCCUGCCCCAGGGCGGGCCCGAGUGACAGCAGGGACACUGCAGAUAGGUUCGGACUGGAGCACGUUUCCAAGUGGAACUUCGAGACGUGGAACGAGCCCG